AUGCUUAAAAAUGACUUACGGAAGUUUACAACUGAAAUUCGACCAGAUUCACAAUUAACAAUUAUUGAAAAGCCUCCAAUAUCAGUUCAAAAUUUCUUUGAUUUUAAGGAUAAAAUACCAAAUUAUUUGAAAUCUGAUGUCAUUUAUAACGUUAAAUGUAAAGACUGUAGUUCACAGUAUAUGGGUAAAACUAAACGACAAGCAUGUAGACGACUGUAUGUACAUGAAUUACCCAAAGAUAUCUAUAGUUCUCAAUCAUCCCUAGUCGAUGUUCUUGUUAAGCAAGAAUGCAAGAUCUUGUGA